UACAAACUAGUUUUGAAAUAUAAAGGAAAAGUAAAUCACAAUUCAAGAGAGAUUGAUCGUCCAAGAAACAGAUAUGAGAAUUAUGUGCCAGCUUUUCGGCCUUCGAUCAGCUAUUGUUGCUUGAGUGUUUCUGUAAAGACACUGUUAACGGACAAUAUGGUACGUUUUCGACUAUCUCGAUCAUUGUCUUUCGUCUCCUUUGUUCAUGCUGUUUCAAGCAUUAUGGUCCUUUUCUGUUUUAGUCCUGCAGUUGGGAUUUCAUGGCUUGCUGUACCAGAUGAACACACCAGCGUAGAACAAGGACGUCCUAUUUUCCUGAGCUGGCAUUACAAGAUGGACGACAACGAAACAUUUCUGUCCUCUAAGAUUGGUUAUUUUGAAGAAUCGAGGUUAUACACUUCUAUAGCUUCAAGACAUCUGGGAGAAAAUACAUAUUACAGAUACCUAACAAAGUAUUCAAUACUUGGCAAAAAUAACGUUGCCCUUAUUGUGAACAGUACUAAGAUUGGAAAUAAUAUCACCUACUGCUGUCAAGUGGAGAGGAAAUUAGUUGGGGGUAAAAAAGAAGACAGACGGUGUUCUAAAGUAUUCGUAUACGCUGUGCCACGGAUUUCGUAUUACGUACCAAAACUGUCCUGCAAGCAAAGUGAUUCUAUCAAACUACAGUGUAAUACAACAGGGCUCCCAUCACCACAUGUUGAGUGGAUCCACGAUGAUACCCAUCAACGGAUUGGCAGCUCUUCAGAUAUUUUAUUGAACAUAACUGGCAAAAGAUCAAGAGGGCGAUAUUGCUGUGAUGUAGAUAAUGGAUUCGGGAGAGAUACAGCCUGCACAGUAGUAAAUGUCACAGAAUAUGAGCCGGUGAAUACAAGGCUGGUAGUAAAACAGAAAAACAGUGGCGAUGUCAUUAUCAUUCACAUAGAAUGCAAUACUGAUGCUUCGCCUCCUUCAGAUAAUUUUAUAAUGUCAAUUGAUGAUAAACAAUACAAUUCGAGUAAUGGUGUAAUUGAAGUACCAGCUCCAAGCACAGACAAAAUAUACCACAUAGCUGUCAGUUGUAUUCCAUUCAAUAAAUAUGGACAUGGACCAAUCAGGAAAGAUGUUUUUCCAGUGUACGCUCCUCCAACCUUCAUAACUCCACUACCCACGUUGUACAACAUGACGAUCAGCGGCAUAACUAUAAAAUGUGAAACCAAAGGAAUCCCAACUCCAAACAUUACAUGGAUGAGUGGGGAUUCGGGAGAUAUUGUAAGCACUGGAAUAUAUUACAACGUCUCGUAUGUAAAGUGUGCUACAAAAACGAUGACGUUCUUCUGUCACGCAAGGAAUGUAAUGGGGAACAUCAGUAGUCCAGAAAUACGUGUUAAUGUGAUGACCAAGCACAACUGCAGUACAGUUGACAAAGGUUUAGAUGAAACUACUCUAACGGCUUUAAAAUUAGCGAUGAUCACUUCGAUAGCCUGCGCAUGCAUUUUCGUUGUGGGAUUAGUCGUUGUUGCCGUACGUUUCAGGAGGCGGAUAAAAGCUUCAAAAGUGAAAAAUAUGGACGAAAAUACAUACGGAGACCCAAUAGAUGCUGUUGAUCCGGAACGCGAAGUACCGCUGUCCCCUGCAAGAAACACAUCUAUCGAAGAUGAUUAUGCAAUAGUUGAAGAAUGUGGUGUUCAUACAUCAUUGAGUCAUGUUAAAACCAACGUGCAGACUGCAGGAGAAGAACCACUGUACGAGCGCUUGGUGCCUCCUGAGAUAUGAUAUUUCCAAUACAGGAUGGCAAUAGAUAGGUCCCUUGCUAUAACACGAAAUCUAACCCUACCCAUGCUAAAUUUUGAACAUGUGUCAAAUUCACUAGAACACGGCCAGAAAGGAAAAGAGCACUUACAUAUUAGUGAAAAGGCGAAGUUUCAGCGCAUAACUUUCCACACGGGAAAAUAAUAUUUAACAUAAUUUUAAGGCGUCAUGUACAUAAAGAUUUGUAUGGGAAAGUGUAUUGAAAUUGCACUCGAUUUUAUUUUUGAUUCUACUUAUCGUAUAGUCAAUGAACCCUUCUCAAAAACACAUACACAAAACAAUUAAACUUGGAUGCGAAGCUAAUACUAAAAUAAAAACAAAAUAUCACUUUUACUCCAUUGCCAUAUGUUGUAGCAUUUCUUUGGUAUUUCGAAUUUUAUGCUAUAGCCUCGAAUUGAAGACAAUUUUGAGAAAGCUCCCUAUCCUGCGCUGAAAAUCCACCUUUUUGGUGUUCAUUUUGACACAGCUGCUCGUUUUGCGAGAGGAAGUGUCGCGUGACCUGUUAGUGCAGAUAGCCUAUUUAAGCAAUGAAAAAAAAAAGGAAAAAUACAGUUAGUAUGGUUGUAGUUUUAUCAACAGCGUAGUAAAAUGAACUUAUUUACACUAUUACUAUUGCAAAACGCAUGGUGCAUUUUAUGUAUAUGAAAUAGUUUAAUUUCAUUGCCACAGAAAUAAAUAAAUACAAAUAAUGAGGAUGCAGACUACGGUUGUCCAUAACAGGCAUGCAGUAAUUGUGAAACAAAAAAGAAACUGAUACAUGUUGUAUAUAUGUUUUGGCAUUUGAGAUGAAUUGCUAAACAUAAGAAACAAGUCACUAGAUGCAAACAAGAAAAGCGCGUACGAGUUGGUGCACGUUGCACAGCAUGCCUACUUAUUGCGUACACGACAGCAAACCUUUUAAGACUUUAUCAUGCUUAAUAGCUCACCUGUACUUUGGAAUAUGAUGAACAGCACAAAUUAAAGAUCAGGAUUCUGA